AUGGGAGCUGUUGAAGGUUACCGCAUUGCAGGUGGACCUCUUGGCGAGGUGGUUGAUCCAUUGUAUCCAGGUGGCAGCUUUGACCCAUUAGGCCUUGCAGAAGAUCCAGAAGCAUUUGCAGAGUUGAAGGUGAAAGAACUGAAGAAUGGUAGGUUGGCCAUGUUCUCAAUGUUUGGAUUCUUUGUUCAAGCUAUUGUGACAGGAAAAGGACCUAUAGAAAAUCUCGUUGACCACCUUGCAGACCCAGUUAACAAUAACACUUGGGCCUAUGCCACAAACUUUGCUCAUGGAAAGUGA